AGACCAGGGCCUUAGAUCACAAAACUCGUUGAAAAGUUGCAACGGUUGCUAAUUUUGCAUAAUUGUGGCCCGAUUUUCCUGAACUGCUGAAAUUCAUUCUUACUGCGUGCCAAGUGCUCCGCCCUCAGUCUCCGGCCCUUAUGCUUAUCGACGAGCCAAUAUUUGUGCAGCUGGCUCUGUUGUGGCAAAUCGCUGUGCUUGUGUGCGUGUGCGGAUGUGUGUUCCUUCACCUGUCUGCCUUAGAAGCGCGCGAUACCCCGCGCGUGUUAUAGCGAUCGCGACGAUCGGGAGCCUCAAUUCAGUGCUGCUUUCGCGCUGUGACAGAAUAAACGAUGAAGCUUUUUUACUACUGUUGGUUCAUCCUGGCGCUAGUCGGCCGGGAUGCGCUGGCUGAACCAAGGCCAGAUUUUGGCAUCGAUGCGAAGAUCGCUGGCAGCGACCUAGCCAAAGCGGUUGCAACGGAGGCGGGCAUUUCCUUCGAUCACAUCGAUUUCAAGACGAUCACGCUACAGUCCCAGUACACCGUGCUGAAGACGCUCAAGGAGCAGAUGACCAUUAUCGGGACCAACAUUGCGACCGUGGGCCUACAGCUGACGAGCAAGCUGGAAACGCUCGCCCCCAGCAAAGGAGACAUGCCGCAGGUGUACAGCGAUGUGACGAAUGCGAUCGGUACGCUGCGCGCUCUGCUCAAUACGGGACUGACCGCACAGACGACCGUGAUCGAGCAGCUGGUGGGCAUGUACAUCUCCGACAUGCUGGCCGAUGCCUCCCGGCAGCUGGUUGCCACCCUUGACCGGCUAGCGCCCCAGCUCGCCCUGAUCCAGAAGGGCGUGAACGAUGCGAUCGUGGCGUACGGUUCCAACGUCGGCCUGCCGGACGCGUACCUGCGCCGGUACGUCUCGCCGAAGGUUGUGUACGAGCUGCUGCGCAUCCUGCAGGAUCUCAAGUCGGACCUGCCACUGGUGACGUUCAUCGUGGAGCUAACGCUUGGCCAUCUCAGUACGGCCGACGCGUUCCUGCUCGAGUUUAUGGACAACGUCGAUGGGAAGGUGUUCGAAACGCUCAUGCACUACGACACGCUGAAGCAGGAGGUGCUGAACGAUUGGAUGCUGCAGGCGAACGCGAUCGUGCAACCGCUCCAAUCGUCCUACAGACAGCAGACCACCGACAUUGCGUUCAUCAAGAACGAUCUCCAGGGCAUGGAUACGUACGACCAGUUCCUGAAGCCCGUGCUGGAUGGGUACGAGGAGCUGUUGGGCAACGCGAACCUGCUCACCCUGCCCGGCAAGGUGGAACUCAUCUACGCCGACUACCUGGUCGCUGUCGUCGCACUGGACGACUAUCUCGAUCGGUUCUACGACGCGAAACUCUGCGCCCCGAUGAGGGCGAUCCUGCAGGUACUGAUCGCAUCCGGACCGUGGGCUGACUACUGCUUCAGCAAGUACUCGCCGCGCCUGCUCGGGCUGGUCGCGAUCAACUCGAACCGGUUCCUGAUGUGCUACCAGAUCGAGGCGGCCCGACUGUCCAACCUGGACGCGCUGCUCGACCGGUUGGUGGUGCAGAUUCAGUUCGACAUCGAUGAUUUGGCCGAACAUCUGGUGGAGUGCUUUAACCGCAUCGAGGACGGUGCCAACUGUAUCGCUUCGAUUGGCCCGUACUAUUCCGAGCUGGUCGCUAACCUGAAGCUGAAGGUGGACGAUGUGCUGCGGCUGCUGACCAUACAGACGAAGGCAAGCGCUAACCGGGCGGCGGCCUGUGUUGCCGGUGGCAAGUGUGGCUUUAUGGCGUCGAUCGAGACCUACAUCAAGGACAUCCAGCUGUGCGACGAAAAGGGUCCGAAAGCGUAAUCGUAGCACGCUCGAGAGUCCGAUCGUGACGAAUGAAUAAAAUGGAGAGGAUAAACAUAUGAACCCUAUUAGCUUGAUUAGUAC